UUGUCGGAGCUCGUGGUGGGUCCAUUCCGAAACUGUUUCUUUCCAAAGACGAAUCACUAAAAGCUGAAUAUAGUGGAAAACUUGAAAACAUCCCAGACAGGUGCAUUUUAUCAGUGACAUGUCCGUUAAAUAAUUUAUCUGAAUUUCGCGCACAACAGAAGAAACCGUUUUACAAGAGUCGGACAAGGCAUUGACAAGAUUAUCUUAACACAGGGUGAUUACAUCAGUUGCAAUACGUGGGAGACAGGAAAGUUGUCCUUAAACAAAAGUUACUACACCAGAUGUUGACCUCAAUACCUGGAGCAUUGCUGGCUCUCUUGUUACUUACACUUUAUGCAAACGGUGUAGUUUUUGGUUCUUCAUCAUGUUACUACGAGGUUGAAGACGCAAAGGGAAAAAUCCGCACUCCUCGAUUCUUUGCCAACAGAACUUGCAGUUGGUUGAUAAAAGUGCCUCUCCCUCGCAAAAUCAUCUUAACAUUUCAAACAUUCCAGCUGUAUUAUAAAGAUGAAUUCGGCAGACAAAUCGAAACUCGACUGCAAGUUUGGGAUGGAGUCGACGACAGAAGCAAAUUACUUGGGAUUUUCCGCGGCACGAAACGUCGAUUUUCUUUGAAGUCGAGUGAUCGCCAUCUUUUUCUUCGGUUAUUUCUAAACAACGAUGUUCCCCUUUGUAAUUUUGAAGGAUCUUACGUUUCAACCAUCACCAAAGAGAGGCCAACAGUGAAGGUACCAGUCUCUCCCGUGAGGGCUCUACCGGGACAUUGGUUGUGGUGUACAGCCCAGGGUACACCCCCUGUGGACAUAACGAUAACAAACAACGAUAAAGUAUUGGUAACCGGCAGUGGGUACGCCUUGACUCAAAUUUAUGACGAGGGAACAUAUACGUGCACUGCAAAAAGUCAAGCCGGAAGGGAUUCAAAAGAAAUACAAGUCUCUUUAGUAGCAGAUUGUAAGUGUUACGGUCAUCACCACUGGGAAGAUGGUAAAGCACGGAAUGACUUCAUUUGCCAUAUUGCGUCACCUCUUGCCAGAAUCUUCCAAUGCGUCCCUACAACUACCAUGGACAUGAUCUUACCCGGACUAAAGAUAUAUAAUCUUCCAGGAAAUAGCUUUCAAAACAUGGAUUCGUUGAAGAUGUUAGACCUUCAAAAAAACCAAAUAUACAAGCUCAAUAAAGACAUUUUCCGUGAUCUUACAGAACUCCGAGAAUUGUACCUGCAGCAAAAUAAAAUUAAGGAGCUUCCUGAAGCCGUCUUUGAUUCGCUUUCCAAUCUGCAGAUCCUAACUUUAGGGUUCAACCGGAUUGAAAAGCUUCCAAGAAGACAAUUUGCAAACUUAACGACCCUACAACAACUAGACCUAGCAAGUAAUUCCAUUAAAGAAUUAUCAGAGGAGUCGCUCCUUAACUUGACUUCACUCGUGCGAAUUGAUUUCAGUUGGAAUGGGAUAAAGGAUCUUCCUGAGGGCAUAUUUGACAACUUGAAGUAUCUGAGUUAUUUAAAUCUGCAUGGAAAUGCGUUGACCAUCUUGCGACCGGACGUUUUUAGAAAUCUAAAUCGACUGAAGACACUGGAUCUAUCAUAUAAUAAGAUCAAGGAGUUACCAGUUGGAAUAUUCUAUGGAACAAUUUCACUAUCAAAAUUAUCCCUGAGUAUCAACUCGAUACAAACUUUACAGGAAGAUAUUUUUGAGAAGAUGGCCAACCUGCAAACGUUAAACCUAUACAGCAAUAAAAUUGCGCACAUCCCGAGGGACAGCUUUAAGAAUCUUAAAAGACUGAGAUAUUUGUAA